AUGGUGACGUUGAAAGACCGAUUCAAGCAGCUGAAUGAACUCAAACAGCUCACAGAGAAUCAACCCCAGUUUGUCCCCCCUCCAGCUGAGGAUUCUUCUAGCGAAUUUAUCAUCGACGAUAACGAACUAUUCGAGGAGAACGACGUGGAUUAUGACAAGAACAUAGACAAAGGGGUGGGUGAUGAUAAUAAAGAAGAACCAGCCGAAGAUAAUGCUCAAUUAACUACAGCUUUGCUUGCAGACGAUGGGGAUAUCGUAUCCCAAUAUCGCAAAAUGUUGAAGAUGGGAAUGUCAGCUGGGGCCGUAGAACAAAAGAUGAGAGCUGAUGAUGUAGACCAAAGGAUUAUCGAUGCUGUUUUUGUGGUGGAAGAGCCAACAAACGAAGGUGUCAGCGAUGGCACCGUGGAAAAGGGAAAGGAAGAUGAUGAACAAGCCACGAAAGCUCCUGGUUUGGCUCCGGGAGAUGAUAAUGUUGUUUCUGCUCUAGAGGGGCACGAAACCAGUGUUGAGGGUGAUGAGAGUCAAAGCAUUGAUAAUAAUCAAAGCGGUGAAGUAGGAGGAUACGAAAACGAUAAGGACGCUGAUGAUCGGACGGAAAGAGCAGGUGCUAGUGCUGCUGCUGCUGCUGCAGCAGCUUUAUCACCUCCACCACAAGAAGGCACCGACGUGAUUACGCCACCAAAAAGUAGAACUCUUCCAACAUCCGUAUCCAACAGAGGAGACGGGACGAGCAAAGCAGUUCAAUGCAUUAUUGCAGUCCUCUGUUUGAUUGCGUUGGGUGUAUCACUGUAUUUCCUUCUACCUGUAAUCCUCGAUGAAAGUUCACCGUCGACGCGAAGUUCCAUCGCCGCCCCAUCUGUUUCUGCAGGAGGAAACCCGGGGGAGUUUGCCCCGACAUUGAGUCCUGGGGAGCCAUCAGAGCCUUCUCGAAGUACUACUUUGUCACCAUUGCCAACCCUCUCACCUACUUUCAAUGUACCAUCACUACCUACAGAUAACGGGGUGGACCCCUCGAACCCGACUGAGAUGCCUUCCCAGAUAGACGCUACACGCCCAGUUCUAAUGACGGAACCGCCAACGAAGAUACCCACAAAGAAUCCCACUGUCUCUCCAACCAAUACGUCGACAAAGGCGCCUACGCCUGCUCCUACCACCCAGGCUCCAACAAAGAACCCCACUGGUUCACCAACAAGAGCGCCCGCAGCUUCUCCUGCAACGCCUUCCCCGACAAAGAAUCCCACUAUUUCUCCAACCAAAACACCGACAAAAGCGCCAACACCUGCUCCUACCACCCAGGCUCCAACAAAGAACCCCACUAGUUCACCAACAAGAGCUCCCACAGCUACUCCUUCAACGCCUUCCCCGACAAUGAAUCCCACUAGUUCUCCAACCAAAACACCGACAAAGACUCCUACAUCUGCACCUAUCACUCCGGCUCCAACAAGUUUCCCGACAAAGAACCCAACUAAAGCACCAACAAGAAUUCCCACAUUUUCUCCCACUACGUCCCCCCCAACAAAGAUUCCCACUGGUUCUCCAACCGAACCGCCGACAAAAACUCCAACAAAGGCUCCCACAUUUGAACCUGUUACAUCCCUUGUUCAGCAGCUCGAGGUAAUUUCAGGCGCUGGGGUUUUUGACAACGCAAACUCCCCUCAGAGUUUUGCAUUGGACUUUUUGCGCCGUGAAGGUUAUGGGGAUGAAUUAGUCGAGGACCGUAGAGUGCUGGAGAGAUAUGCAGCUCUUGUGUUCUACUAUUCUACAGGUGGAGAAUCGUCCUGGUUCCAAUGCUUCAAAGGUCAUUUGAAUUGUGGAAGCCGUCAGUGGCUGCUUGGAGGCACAUGCAAUUGGCAAUUUCUGUCCUGCAAUAAUGCUGGAAUUGUCACUUCCUUUACAAUAGAUUUCAAUAAUGGAUUGUCUGGUCCGAUUCCGAUCGAAUUGUCAGUUUUCAGCGAGCUUCGAGAGUUUGCUUUGCUGGACAACAGGAUGCAAGGGUCAUUGCCUGAACUGUUCAAGGAGAACGAAAGUCAGCUCAGAGUCCUUCGUCUAGAAAAUAGUGGUCUUGAAGGUACCAUUCCCCCCGGGUUUUUGAACAAAAGCCCAGUCGAAUCCUUGGUACUUUCUGGUUUGAAGAUCGUUGGAAGUAUCCCAGAGGACAUUUAUGAUUUGACUGGUUUGCAGCAGUUGUAUCUCAACGAAAAUGCAGACUUGACCGGUAGUAUAUCGCCAUCAAUCAACAAACUCUCAAACCUCGUUGAACUUCGAUUAAGUGACACGCGAGUUGGUGGCAGAAUCCCUGAUGAGAUAUUUAAACUACGCAGAAUCGAAGAGAUCGACUUGAGCAAUGCCGAUUUCAGAGGUCCAAUAUCUAACUCAUUUGUCAGUAUAUCUGACUCUUUGAACCGUCUGUACCUUCACAACAAUGCUUUUGUUGGUACGGUGCCUGCCUCUUUUGGCAUGCUCAAUAAGCUAACUGAGCUGACUCUACACGAUAACCUUCUUUCUGGAAAUAUUUCUCCCACAAUCUGUGCCUUGAAUCUAAGAACAUUGACCACGAGCUGCGACGAGGUCUCGUGUAGCUGCUGUACCAUGUGCUUUUGA